AGGAGCGUCUGUGGGCUGGAGGAGAGACGCCGAGGCGACGAAGACCUGCGGAAAACCGUUACACGGGAGCGCUGCUUUUAUUUCUGCUCACACCGAACCGCUAUAACGGCAGAUCAGGGCGUGUACCGGCGCAUCUAGAGGACAAUCAUGCGCGCGUGCGGACGGGAACGGAAGCGGCUGCAGAUUUAACGCAUGUUUUCAUGUCUGAGGCGGAUCGUCGGGAAAGCUCGAGUCGUUUGGGCGCAUCAGCGCGUUUUCUGCGGCCGCGCGCAUCACAUUGACAGCCAUUAUUAGAAGCGGCCGCUCGCGUUCACCGCGGAUGCUGCGACCUGAAUCCCGGAGCGCUGAUUUUUCCUGACAUCACACCGUCAUCCUCCGCUGUGACAGACGUCUUCAGACGCGCGGUGUCGUCGACGGGAGUCCGGGGGAUUUGUGGAUCGAUAAAUCCCCUCCACACCUGAACUGUGUUUUAUCUGAGAUCUCUGUGAGGAUCUUUCGGCGGGAGUAUGGCUGACGACGACGUGCUGUUUGAGGAUGUGUACGAGCUCUGUGAGGUGAUCGGAAAGGGUCCGUUCAGUGUGGUUCGCAGAUGCAUCAACAGAGACACCGGUCAACAGUUCGCUGUGAAGAUUGUAGAUGUGGCCAGUUUCACCUCCAGCCCUGGACUCAGUACAGAGGAUCUGAAGCGUGAGGCGAGUAUCUGUCACAUGCUCAAACAUCCUCAUAUCGUGGAGCUGCUGGAGACGUACAGCUCAGACGGGAUGCUCUACAUGGUCUUUGAGUUUAUGGAUGGGGCAGAUCUGUGUUUUGAGAUCGUGAAGAGAGCUGAUGCUGGGUUUGUCUACAGUGAAGCUGUGGCCAGUCACUACAUGCGACAGAUACUUGAAGCGCUGCGCUAUUGCCAUGACAACAAUGUCAUACACAGAGACGUCAAGCCUCAUUGUGUGCUGCUGGCGUCUAAAGAGAACUCGGCUCCAGUGAAACUGGGGGGUUUUGGCGUGGCCAUACAGCUGGGAGAGUCUGGACUCGUGGCUGGAGGUCGUGUGGGCACUCCUCACUUCAUGGCUCCAGAGGUGGUGAAGCGCGAGCCGUACGGGAAGCCUGUGGAUGUUUGGGGUUGUGGGGUGAUUCUUUUCAUCCUGUUAAGCGGCUGUUUGCCCUUUUACGGCACUAAAGAACGUCUGUUUGAAGCCAUCGUCAAAGGCAAAUACAAGAUGAAUCCUCGUCAGUGGGCUCAGAUCUCAGAGAGCGCUAAAGAUCUGGUGCGGCGGAUGCUGAUGCUCGACCCCGCUGAGAGAAUCACUGUUUAUGAAUCUCUCAAUCACCCCUGGCUCAAGGAGAGAGAUCGUUACUCUUAUAAGGUUCACCUGCCAGAAACUGUUGAGCAGCUGAGGAAGUUUAAUGCUCGGAGGAAAUUGAAGGGCGCCGUGCUCGCUGCCGUAUCAAGUCACAAGUUCAACUCGUUUUACGGCGACCCUCCCGAAGACCUGCAUGAUUUCUCAGAGGACCCCACGUCUUCAGGAUUGCUUGCAGCUGAAAGGGCCGUGUCUCAAGUUCUGGACAGUCUAGAAGAGAUUCACGCAUUGACAGACUGCAGUGAGAAAGAUCUGGACUUCCUGCACAGCGUCUUCCAGGACCAACAUCUGCACACACUGCUAGAUUUGUAUGAUAAAAUCAACAGCAGAUCUUCACCUCAGAUCAGAAAUGCUCCCAGUGAUGCCGUUCAGAGAGCGAAAGAGGUCCUGGACACCAUUUCCUGUUACCCAGAGAACAUGGAGGCGAAAGAACUGAAGAGAAUUCUCACACAGCCGCAUUUCAUGGCUCUGCUGCAGACACAUGAUGUGGUGGCUCAUGAGGUGUACAGCGACGAGGCGUUGAGAGUGACUCCGCCCCCCACCUCACCUUACCUGAACGGAGGCUCACCCGAGAGCAUCAACGGAGAGAUGGACCUGGAGAACGUCACGCGUGUGCGACUGGUGCAGUUCCAGAAGAACACGGAUGAGCCCAUGGGCAUUACUCUGAAGAUGAACGAACUGAAUCACUGUAUCGUAGCGAGAAUCAUGCACGGAGGAAUGAUCCACAGACAAGGAACGCUGCAUGUGGGAGACGAGAUCCGUGAAAUUAACGGCAUCAGCGUCGCAAAUCAAACAGUGGAGCAGCUGCAGAAGAUGCUGCGUGAGAUGAGAGGCAGCAUCACGUUUAAGAUUGUACCGAGUUACCGCAGUCAGUCUGUGUCCUGUGAUAAAGAGUCACCAGAUCUGUCCAAUCAGUCUCCUGCUAACGGACACUCCAGUGUCACCAGCUCAAUAUUAGAUUUGCCCUUGACGAUCCAGCCCAAAGGUCGACAGAUCUCCAGACCUGCUGUGAAGGAUAAAUUGUUCCGUAAGAUCUACGUGCGAGCACAAUUCGAGUACGACCCAUCUAAAGAUGACCUGAUUCCCUGUAGAGAGGCGGGCGUGCGCUUCAGAGUGGGCGACAUCAUUCAGAUCAUCAGUAAAGACGAUCAUAACUGGUGGCAGGGCAAACUGGAGAACACGAAGAACAGCACGGCGGGACUGAUCCCGUCACCGGAGCUGCAGGAGUGGCGUGUGGCGUGUAUAGCGAUGGAGAAAACCAAACAGGAGCAGCAGGCGAGCUGUACAUGGUUUGGCAAGAAGAAGAAACAGUACAAAGACAAAUAUUUAGCCAAACACAACGCAGUGUUUGAUCAACUAGAUCUGGUGACGUAUGAAGAGGUGGUGAAGCUGCCGGCGUUCAAGAGGAAAACACUGGUGCUGUUGGGUGCCCACGGGGUCGGCAGGAGACACAUCAAGAACACGCUCAUCGCCAAAGAUCCCGACAGAUUCGCCUAUCCUAUUCCACACACGACUCGACCGCCGAAGAAAGACGAGGAGAACGGGAAGAACUAUUACUUUGUGUCACAUGACCAGAUGAUGCAGGACAUCUCUAAUAACGAUUAUCUGGAGUACGGCAGCCACGAGGACGCCAUGUACGGCACGCGCCUCGAGACCAUCCGCAAGAUCCACGAGCAGAACAUGGUCGCCAUCCUGGACGUAGAGCCACAGGCGCUGAAGGUGUUGCGGACGGCUGAAUUUGCACCGUACGUCAUCUUCAUCGCUGCACCGUCCAUCACUCCCGCUAUGACUGAGGACGAGUCUCUGCAGCGACUGCAGAAGGAGUCGGAGGCAUUGCAGCACUCGUACGCGCAUUACUUCGAUCAGACCAUCAUCAAUAACGAGAUUGACGACACCAUCCGUCUGCUGGAGGAGGCCAUUGACCUGGUGUCCAGCACCUCACAGUGGGUGCCCGUGUCCUGGGUGUACUAACAAACCCCCUCACGUGCCCACAGCCAUUCCUCGCCACACACACUCGCGAGAACUUCCGGGGCGUAGUGCUGUAUAUAUAUACAUAUAUAAAUAUCUAUAAAUAUGAAUAUAUAAGUCAUAGAUAUGGUCCUGUACUUAUAACGAGGGGGGGGUUGAUGACGUUUUAUACUCUUUUGUUUUUUAAAUGUUCAAGACGGCGUCUCAUAGCAAUGACGAGCACAGAUAGUCAUGUGGGGAGGAGACCCCUGCCAAUCCAAACCUACGGUCUGUGGGCGUGGUUACGGUGGCACACCCACCAACAAUUGAUAAGCACAGUUGACCGCGCCACAAUGCCAACGGACACGAGCACAACUGCGAGACGGCUCGCUGCAAUCUGCCCGUCCCGGGUCACGGGGUCUCCGCGGCCCGUUUCAUCCACCCCUCUGUUUACAGAUGACGUCACCAGUGACACGACAUCAUCUCCCGGAGGAAAUGUCCCGCUCGUUUCCCAAUCGGCUCUGAGAGAGGGGACGGGACACCUAUGCACACUCACACAACCUCUGAAUGGACUUCCCUCAUGAACCCGUGUAGUGACGUGUUUGUAAAUUGUCCUGGAUUUGAUUUCUUGUGCGGAACUGGAGAAAAAUCUUCAUUCCUAGAUCGAUCAUUUCAGAAAAUGUGCUGUCUUUAAAAAAAAGAGCAUUAUUGUUUUACUUUGAAAAAACGAAGAGGAUUUUAUUGUGUAAAUGUUUCAAUGGUGCGUUCAUUUUGCGAUUGAAAUAGUGUUCAUAAAGCCAGACUGUGUGAACUUCAUAUUGCCCGUGUAAAGUCCUCAUCACUAACUGCUCUACAGUACGAGUCUUUAGUUUUUGAAUCUCUUUCCUUUCAUGUGUUGAAAAAGUAAAUUGAAAUUUGAAAUCAGAUCAUGUAUGUUGUUUUGUGUGACGUGCCGUUUCCUCGGUUACGUGUUGCUGUUUGUCUCUCGCUGUCUCAGAAAUAAUCCGUUAUUAAGUGUCAAGUCACAUAUUUGAACAUAUCACAACAUAUGUGUCGAGUAAAUUAUCUGCUGGAUAUUUGAUCAAAUUAGUUUAGAAAUCAAGUCAAUUUUAUUUGUACAGCGCCUUUCACAACACAUCGUUUCAAAGCAGCUUUACAGAAGAUCAGACAUUAAUAGAAGAUAAAACUGUAAUAUCUAUAAUGUUUGAGUCAUCAUUGUGUAAUUGGAUAAAUAUGAUGUAGCAGUGGAGUCCAACACGAAGCAGGAAUGCUGGAUCCAACUGUAUCUGGUAAUCUCGGGAUAUGAAUCCAAAGGAUGAGACAUGGAAACAAAUAGAAUAAUAUUAGCGUAGAUGCCAUUAAAUGUAUUGCAGAGUUAAUGAUCAUGAUAAAUAGCACUAAAGCAGCCUAAUUGUGUGUUGAGGAUAAAUGAGGUGUAUGUCUGGAUAAAUCGAGUCUUUAGUUUAGACUUAAACUGAGGGAGUGUGUCUGCAUCUCGAACAGUGUUUGGGAGACUAUUCCAUAGUUUAGGAGCCAAAUAUGAAAAGGAUCUUCCUCCUUUUGUGGAUUUUGAUAUUCUAGGAACUAUUAACAGGAUUGUGUGAUCGUAAUGAACGUGAUGGAAUAUAGCGUGACAGAAGAUCACUUAAGUACUGCGGAGAACAUUCAAAGCUUUGUAUGUAGUUACAGAAUAUUAAUAUUAAUGUGUAAUUUAACGGGUAACGAUGAUAAAAUGGGGCUAAUAUGAUCAUAUUUCUUGGUUCAGCACUCUGGCUGCUGCAUUUUGAACCAAUUGAAGUUUAUUUAUUGAUCUUGCUGGACAUCCUCCCAGUAAUGCAUUACAAUAAUCUAGUCUUGAGGUCAUGAACGCAUGAAUUAGUUUUUCGGCAUCAGCAACCGAGAGCAUGUGCCUUAAUUUAGCAAUAUUUCUGAGGUGGAAGAAUGCUGUUCUACUAACAUUUGUAAUUUGAUUUUCAAAGGACAGAUUGGUAUCAAAUAUAACACCUAAUUAUUCACUGUUGAAGAUGAUGCAACAGAAUAUCCAUCUAGAGUCAAAUUAUAUUUUAGCGGCUUAUUUUUAGAGUUUUUUGGUCCAAUAAUUAGAACCUCUGUUUUAUCAGAAUUGAGUAUUAGUGAAGCUAUCUUUAGUGGUCGAGAGAAUAGUUCUACCUGAACGAUAGCGUGGUGUAGAUUGAGUAACAUUAGUUGAUUGCAGCAUACAAGAGACGAGGUAAUGAUGAUGUCAUCGCUCUGUUUAAGAAUUUCUAUAUUAUCAACAUCAACUCCACAUGACAGAAUUAAAUCUAGCGUAUGAUUAUGGUGAUGUGUUCGUCCUGUUACAUUUUGUCUGAGUUGAGAAUAUCGAUAAAUGCUAAUCCCAAUGUAUCAUUUUCAUUAUCUAUGUGAAUGUUGAAGUCACCAACAAUUAAGGCUCUAUCUACAGUAACUACAAGAUCUGAUAAAUGUGCAAAUUCACCAGUGAAAUCAGAAUAAGGUCCGGGUGAUCUAUACAUUGUAGCAAGGACAAAAGACGACAGAGAUUUUUAUUUAUAUCUGACGGUGUCACAUUAAAUGUUAUUAGUUCAAAAGACUUACAUUUAUAUCCUGUCCUCUGAGUAACACCAAACACUUCACUGUAAAUUGUAGCAACACCUCCUCCUCGACCCUUCCUAACUUAACAAUUAGUGCUUUGGUAGAAAGAGAUCUAAUGUUUAGUAGCCAUACCUUUUAUAUGAUGUUUAUCUUUCUUUUUUUUUACCAUCAAAUUUUUACUAAAUUAUUUAGUGAGGGUAUUGUGUUUGGUAGUUCGGGGAACAGACACAGUCUCUAUGAGAUAUCUAGGUGAUACAGUCUCUGUGUUGUAGUUUAUGUGACCUGUGUGACGUCUCACGGCAGCUAGCAGACAGUUCGGAUUAACCAGUUUGUCUGCUUCCUGACCUGGGCCCCAGUUAGUUAAGACUAUGAGCCGAAUUACUACAGAGGAGAGCGGCACCUUCCCUGGAGGGAUGGAGUCCGUCUCUCUUUAGCAGGUCAGGUCUACCCCAAAAACUUUUCCAGUUGUCUAUAAAUCCUAUUUUAUUCUGCAGACACCACUCAGACAUCCAGCCAUUCAGUGACACUAAUCUACUAUAAACCUCGUCACCACGACGAGCAGGGAGGAGACCAGAGCAUAUUACAGUGUCUGAUAUAAUUUCUGCAAAUUCACACACCUCUUUAACAUUAUCUUUAGUUAUCUCCGACUGGCGAAGCUGGACAUCAUUAGUGCCGACAUAUUUAAUUUAAAAAAAUAUAUACUUUUAGCAUUAGCCAGCACUUGUAAAUGCGAUCUAAUGUCAGUUGCUUGAGCCCCGGAAAUGCAUUUAACAAUGUUGGCUGGAGUCUCUAUUUCCACAUUCCUUGCAAUAGAAUCGCCGAUAACAAGGGCUCUUUCAACAUGAUACUCAGUGGGUGCAUCACUGAGUGGGGAGAAUCGAUUGGUGAUCCUAACAGGAACGGGAGAGUGGGGUCUCUUUACUGAGUGUGUAUGCCACCGAUACGUCACCUAAACGCCCUGCUGCAGGGGCUCUACAGCCGGAGCCAAAGUGUGUGUGUUACUCUCUGCACUACUACUUGCAUCCGAAACAGUAUCUACCGGCUUCUCUUUCUCUCUUUCUAACUCAUUAACCUUCUUCAUCAGCAGGACUAAUUGCUUACAUUUAUCACACGUGAAUGCUGAUGGAAGAAGCUCUAGUAAACAUGUGGCAUGUAAUGCAGCAAGAAAUAACAUGAGCGGAUGCCAUGACUUAACGCACUUGUUUGUUGUUGUGGUUGUCCUUGAGUGGCAAGGGUUUGAGAUUGAUGCAGUAAUCCAAGUAAAACACAUUGGAGAAAACGAAUGCACGCAGUCGAGACACGAGAUGCAGACAAGCAGAAAAAAAAAAGAGGAAAACCCGAAGCACGCUGUAAAAUGGGUUACUUAUAAAGGGUUAUAAGUUGAUUCCGAAUGCAUAAAUAUGUUGUUAAAUUGAUUCUUGUCUGUGUUGGAAUCAAUCUAAAAUGUUAAUAACAAAAAAAAAAAAAUAGUAUUUGCUAAAUAUUUGCAACUUGUGCUUGGUUAAAAUUUUGUAUAUUAUUUUAUUGAAAAAGCCCCUUUGAAAUCCAUGUAUUAAAUAUGAUACAACAGGCUAUUGAGGAAUAUCUCUCAAUCUCCAUUACAUUACGUUACAUUCAUGCACACCACAAAAAACAUCACAGAGCUUCAAAAGUCUGACAUAUACAUUUUAUAAGAUAUAUUUAAAGUGUGAUCUAAUAUUUCUGCCUGUCAUGAUAAAGAUCUCAUUAUUUUACAUUACAAGUUAUUAUGAUGUCAUCAAAAUUUCUAGUAAAAAGUACUUGUAUAUUGAUCUAUUUUUUUACCCACAUCUAUCAUAUUCCUUCUGAAGUCAUGGAUUAAACCACUGGAGUCUUAUGGAUUACUUUUAUGCUGCCUUUAUGUGCUUUUUGGAGCUUCAAAGUUCUGUUCAGCAUUCACUUGCAUUGUAUGAACCUACAGAGCUGAAAUAUUCUUCUAAAAAUCUUC